UUGUACAUACGCCUUGUGCUUGCGAGUCGGGCUGCUGACUGCGGAGGGAUAACUUUCGUACUUGCCGAGGGCCCACGAUUCUCCGUGUGCCCGCCGCUUCCGAGUGCUGCGCUGCGGCUCGGGCAACGGCCGGGGAGGAAUUGCUGGUGCCGCGUGGUUACGCAGCCGGGCCUGCUGGGCGCUUAAAGCAGCGCGUCCCGUCGGGCAGUAUCACUUUCGUAGAUUGUAAAGGAGCCUGAGGUGCAAACCCAUUUACAUUUCCGUACGGCGGUGUACUUGUCAGAGAGCUCAGUCGCACUGGCGGAGCUGGCACGGGGUUCCCUCGGGACUCCAGACUUGACUGUCUCGUUGAAAGGCUCCAGAGCCUGCUUGGGAAGCCACUUGGCAAGGCACAGCUUUGCCGUGGAUUUUGUACUUGAAUUCUGACUGUAAUGCCAAUGCCACGUCUUAGCCUUUCUCCAGCAGUUACAAAAGCAGAAUGAGCGUUAAGAAUCCGAUUACCUUUUAACUAAAUUCAAAACAAAGUUGCGGGAUGAAGUGACUGGAAGUCCUGCAAGUCUGACUGGGUGUUACUGCCGUGCAUGUUAUCCGCCUGUCUACCGAUCGUUCCUGCCUCGUGUUCUGCUGUGGUAAUUCCUCUGGAUUUGAGCAUCGAUGCCAUGGACGGAGCAGGAGAGCCUCAGCAGGACGUCGAGCACAAGCCGUUUAAACAACACUUGGAUAAAGCUGCCAAUUGUGUGACUCCAGAAGCAGAGAGACGCGAACUGGGGAAAGAAGAAGAAAAGGUGUUCGAUCCAAAUGCUUUGGAUGCCGAUCGCUGUGAAAGCUGUUACGGGGCAGAGUCAGAGGACAUUCGGUGCUGCAAUACUUGUGACGAUGUCAGAGAAGCAUACAGGCGACGAGGCUGGGCCUUCGAGAACCCGGAUAGCGUAGAGCAGUGCAAGAGGGAGGGAUUUAGCCAGAAAAUGGAAGAGCAGAAGAACGAGGGCUGCCGAGCGUACGGUUUCCUGGAGGUCAACAAGGUAGCUGGAAAUUUCCACUUUGCACCGGCAAAAAGUUUGAGCAGUCUCAUGUACACGGUGCUGCCACAUGGGUCUGGGAGAACAUGGAGGAGAAUGUGUCUGGGCAGUCUCUCGGCCUCACUUGUUCUACAAAACUUUGCUGCCCUGCUGUAAACAACCUCAGGUACGGUGUUGGGUCCAGGACCUGAAUAUCAGCAUCUCUGGAAGGGAUGUUUUGGAGAAAAGCUCUUGAGAAUUUCAAGGCAAUUCAGAACUUUCAGAGUAAAAUUUCAGUCGUGAAGGACUUUGACUUCCUCAAGUAUAUAUAAAUACACCGUGGCUGGAAUGACAGUGGUAGUUUACAGAAUCAUAGAAUGGUUUGUGCUGGAAGGGACCUUUAAAGGUGCCCUAGUCCAGCCCCCCUGCAUGAAGCAGGGGCAUCUUCAACUAGAUCGAUUUAAAGAAUCAUUCACCAAUAUUCGAGUGAGUGGAGGUUAUCUUUAGUCUUUAUUGGGGAUCGCUCCACCAAAGUCGUGCACCCCAAGGGGGUUUUUCAGUCCCCUCUUUAUACAAGCAACUCAGACCUAUUCAUUAACUUUCUGGGAAAUCGUUUACAUAUUCAUUACAAUGCCAGGAACUUAUUUACAUAAGCUAGUGACCAUGAUUUAAGUCCUUGUCUUUGCCACCUUUCAUAAACAACAGGAACUUGGGACCAGACAGCCUUUUUAAAGAUGACAAAUCCAAGGACUUCGCAAUUAGUACAUCCGUCGUGUUAGCAAUAAGGGUCCUUGGACGUUUCCCAGCUUUUAGAUAAACAUAAUUACAUCACCCUUUAGAUAACUGGCACAUCAUUCACCGUUCAUUCCCCCCUUUUCUAGUAACUUUUGCAAAUUCUUUUGCAACUACAAAAAAUCAUUAUGCCUUAUGAUCAUUCUUCGACAGCACCAAACAGAGCAUUGAAGUAAUACACAUAUUCCUAAAACUAUUACAAUAAGUAUUAUAAUAAAAGCAUAUUUUAACCAUUCCAAAUUGGGUAACCACGAAGUCAGUUUGUCCCAUAUAACUUUAAAACUCCACGAUAAAUCAUCUUUAGUAAUUUCAUGCAGGAUCUGCACCUUGUUCCAUAUCUCAUGGAUGUCUGUUUAAUCAUUCCAUCCAUCAGAUUGGGAACAAGUAUUUUGCCCUGGGUUUCCAGGACAUGCUCCUCCUGUCUUGUUCGAGCUUUCCAAUGACAGUUAUUAUCACUUUUCAUAAAUAUUGUGGUGGUUAGGCUUAAUAAUAUUUGUAAAUCAAAUCUGGGACCUAACUCAUAUAUUUUAUUAUCAAAUAGGCAAUAUCCUCCGCCGUAGUCUGGCUUUUUCCAAAAGUCUGGCCAGGUAGUCCAUUUGUCAUCGAGAUAAUUCCAGUUUUGGGAGGCCACCCCAUACAGGGGUGUUAUCAAGCCUCCUUUAGGAAGAGAGGUACGUAUCCAGCAUUCCUUAGCUUUCGUAGCAUUAACAAUCAUUUGCAAUGUUUGAAGACUGGUAUUGUUUACCCAUGCUUCAGUUUCUAAUAUUUCUACAACAGUUACAAUUAAGAUCAGAAUAACUUUACACAAAUGUCCCUGAUCCUUUUUGACAGUCCAUUGUGUCUCCGGAGAUAUCUUUACGAUCUAAAGAAACGUAGUCCCGUGGGUCCUGCCGGGGUGACAGCCCAUGAUUUCUCAGGAGCCUUCUUUAUCCAAGAGUAGUGAAUCCAGGCUGGUUAUUCUCUUAUCCUGACGGCAGUGAAGGUUGUCAGCAGCACCUGAUAGGGUCCUUCCCACUUCUCUUCCAAAGGUUGCCCUGACAAUGUCUUUAUAUACACAUAGUCACCAGAUUUAAAGGAACGGACUGGUUGAUCCAACCCUCUGGCCCUUGUUCCCAAUACUUGUUUAUUUAUAACUUUUAAUUCUCCCUGGAGGGUCUUCGCAUAUUCACACAAAUAUCCCUCCCCUAACUGCCUUAAAUCUUCCCUGGCAAAUUGUAACUGGUACGGUCUCCCAUACAAUACUUCAAAAGGGUUCAAAUUCUCCUUUGUUCUCGGUUUAGUUCGUAUUCUUAAUAAUGCCAAGGGAAGAGACUGUGGCCAAGUUAGAUUUGUCUCUUGUCCUAUUUUCACUAUCCGUUGUUUAAUUAAAUGGUUUAUUUUUCCACUUGCUUGAGGCCUGUAAGGGGUGUGUAAUUGCCAGUCUAUUCCCAGUACCGUACUCACUCGUAUUAUUUUGGCACAAAAAUGUGAGCCUCUAUCAGAAGAGAUUGUUGCUGGAACCCCAAAGUGGGGGAUGAUUUCAUUUAACAAUCCCUUCGUUACCUCUCUUGUUUUAUUUGUUCGACAAGGGAAAGUUUCUGGCCAACCUGAAAACGUAUCAGUCACAACGAAUAAAUACCGGUACCCCCCCUUUUCUUGGGAGUUCGGAAAAAUCAACUUGCCACUGUUGUCCUGGAUAAUUUCCUCUACUAAUGUUCCCUAGUUUUAUUCUGUUUGCUACAUUGGGAUUAUUACAUUGUUUUAUGACAGUAUAUAAGUUUCGCCCUAUCAGUUUCUGAUUUAGACUUUUAUAUAACAUACCAGCUCCCCAGUGAGUCGUCUUAUGUUCUGUUAGGGCUGUGGUCCAUAUUAAAUUGGAUGGCACCACUAUACAGCCAUCUGCCAAAUAAGCCCACUUAUUUAAUUUUAUUUUACCAUUCAUCUCCUGAAUUAGCUUUAGGUCUCCUUUAGAAUAGUUUGGCUCCUCAUCUGUACUUAAGAGUUUGGAUUUUACCUUCUGGUAUUAAGGAUAGUUCCUCCUUUCCUACUUUCUCUGCUGCUCAUCUAGCCUCAUGGUCAGCCAGGCGGUUUCCAAUUUCCAAAUCAGUGCCUCAAUGGGCCAUCUUACGUUCUUCCUUCCUGGAUGACCCUCUUAUAACAGCGGGGGCCAUUCCUCACAUCAGGGUCUGGCAUGGCACAUGUUCCCACCGCUCAACGCCUACUGGGUUGCAGCCAACAGCGGAGCUCAAGAUUCUUCUUGGUGGCAAACACAGAGGCCAACCCAGUCUUGCCCUUGACUAUGGUAGGAGGCACCUGACCAACCUUAUUCCUUGUACUUCGUUGUCAAUGCAGAGUUUCAUCUGCACAUCCCAUAACAAGUCACUGUCAUGGCAAAACACACAGAUUUACAUUAGUAGAACUGCUACAGAGUGUAUUUUAUUUCAGUUUUCAUGCCAAUAUCCCCCACAGCCCUGCUGAGCAAGGGAUAUUGUUUUACCUGAACUAGGCAGGCCUUCCCUUAUCAUUUUUACUGUAACAGGGAAAGCAUUUUUUUUUGCCUUACCUGGAAUUUAUUUCCAGAUUUACCUGGUUAAAGAUUUCUUUUACUUCACGGAGGUCCUCUUUUCCACUUUUCUGUUGAAUUAAAGAUAAGCUCAAGAUUUCAAUCACUUGAUCAUUUUAAACUUUUGGUUUCAUUUCUCCUUUUUUAAAUGUCUAGAUGUUCUAAUAAAUCUCAUCCCAACAAAGAUUUUGGUGAA